AGGUAAAAUGAACGAGGAUUCCAUUCCAAAUCCUGACGUCGAUGUGUUUGAAGACCAUUUCGCGUACUGGAAUAAGCUGCCGACGGAACUGAAAGUUAAAGUCGUUCGGAAUCUUCCGUACCCAACCCUGAGAAACUUUAUGUUUCUUAGCAAGGACUGCAUGGAAGUUUCGUCACCACUGAAAACUCCAGUCUUUGCUGUUUUCCUUUUGCAUUGGGGUUACAGGAGCGAAUGCGUACAAGUGGGAAGAUAUGACGUUGUAAAACAGUCGAGUAUCAUCGUGUAUUACAUGCCAUUCGGAUCAGCAGUUGACCGCAAAGAAUACAUUAUUUACUUCUCUACUGUAGAGGAUGGGAGAUGUAUAGCACACAGGGAAAAGAAAAGAGGGCAGAUUGUUAUUAUGGGACCAGAAUAUCCGAAGGAGUCAUGCUUCACCGUCUCUAUGCGUGUGUUAUUCCAAAUAACAAAGAUUCUGAAACCGAAGAAUAUACUUUUGCAGUUGGUAAAUAUUGCAGAUGUAAAAAGCACCCUAAGUGAGCUACCGUCGACAUCAUUCAUUACAUGUGGAGCGCUUACUGUACGCUCGGAUGAUCUCUCUUUUCUCCCGUUGCUUAUGCCUCAUGUAUCUCCCGGAUGCGAAUUACGAUUUUAUAACAGCGAUCCAUACCCAUACGAUGAUAAUAUUUUAAAUCCUGUGUUUUUCGACUUUGAAGUGGUAAAGGCUGCUCCAUACCUCGACACUGACGCUAUUUGCGAGAUUAAUGACGGACAACUUAUUCAACUAAGAGCGUCAUGGCUUGAUCUUAAAGCAUCUGGGAUUUCGGAAAGAGGCAUUAAUGGGUUGAUCUUGCAAUGGGUAGAAGGCAGGCGAAAAAUAGUCAAGAUUUGUAUUUUGGAAACGAAGACAUUUAACCACGACUUGGUCCUUGAAAAUGUGAACACGAACAGAAUUCAGUCCAGUUGUGAAAACAUUCCCUUUUUCAACAAAUACGUGGAACAUCACCCUCUACAUAAGCGUCUGGCCUUGCUUCGCAACGAUUUUGAUGAUCGACUUUUGGUGUGCAUAGGCGAAGACUAUUGCGAACUGGUGGAUCCCUAUUCAGAGUACAUGUCGCGAACUUAUCGUUGA